GUGAAGUCCCCAGAUGGUGCUCCGCUGAAGCCAUCAGGUGCCUUAACUCUAUCACCAGGAGCACAUAUCAAGUCUCCGAGUGAGCCCAAACGACAGAGAAGAAAUUCGUCAACCUCAGACCACGCUGCAACAGUCCACGACAAGGCUGCCAUCUCCAAGCAGGAAGCUGCGCAUCAGCAGGUGGAGGAGCUGAGACGCCUGAAGGCCGAGAAGAAGUUGGCGGCCGCUCAGAGGAAGACUGAAGGCCACACGAGUGAUGAAGGAAUUCUAACUGGUGAUAAUUUACUUCUGGGCACAUAUGAAUCUACGAGACUUGCAGGUGAAGAUAAACUGGACCAGACAGACAACACUGUGAACAUGUCACACUUUGCUGGUCACCAGACUGAACAGUCUGCACUAGGAUAUGAGCAGAAUGUUUGCCAGAAAACACUUUUUCCAGGUUCUUCAGUCACUGCUGACUCCCGCCCAGUCACAUCGCGAAUGUCAAGCAAUCCUGAUGAAGAUUAUGCAGAUCUUACGGUUAUGAAGUUUCAAAAUGUUGCAGACAGUCAGUUCCACUUUAAUUCCCCACAGACUUUUAUGCCGACAGUGCCACAGUUUCAUGCCGAUAAUAUUCCCAAGCCUAUCUCAACUCCGGUUGUUAAGAGCAACCGUAUUACAGAACCUAUCUGUUCAGGGGAAGAAAAAUCGCACCCGAAAGCCUUGAAGAUUGAUGGGAAGUACGCAUGUGAACUGUGCAGCACCUUGUUGAACUCAAAAAAUGGUUACAUGCUUCACAUGCGCCGCCAUAGUGAUAUUAAGACAAAAUUUUGUAGUUACUGCGAUAAGGGGUUUCACACAAUGCAGGAGCUGCGUUCUCACGAGCGGACCCACACCGGGGAACGUCCUUACACGUGUGAAAUCUGCCACACCAUGUUUGCUCACUCAGGGUCUUACGUCUCGCACAAGAAAAGCCACGAGAAGAGAGGAGAGCUAGAGCCUUUUCCUAUCGUUGAUGGGAAGAUCGAGUACCCGCCAACUUUCAAAAAGCCUCGGCUGAGUGGAGGGGUUGACGGAAGCGGAGAAAAAUCUCGACGAGUUAAGAAGAAGAAAGAGACGGGGCCAGUGUUGGAGACCGUGGAAUCUGAACAGCCGGAUCAGAACCCAGCACAGGGCAAUCAGCAGAUGAGCGAUAUCCAUAGGAAUCAGGUGGCCAACCUGCACGAGCAGGCAGAGUUUAAAUCCGAGGUGUCCAGUCAGUGGCAGAACCUUGGGCAGACAAGGUUAGCCUCGAAACAUUUCAGAACAAAUGUGGCCAGUCCUGAUGUGAGUGAUCGUAGUAUCAGUUCUGAGAUUUUGAGAUCUGGGACCACAACUCAGAGUCUGCUGCCUCCGGAGCAAGGGAACCAAGGAUUUGUGCCAUCUGGGGACAACUACACUUUAGUGUCGGAAACUCUGUCCAAUGAUUACUACGGCAGUGCAGUUGGGUACAGCCAGAAUGUGGUACAACAGAAGUUCUUAUCACCACACGCAGAUGUAUCCUCACCACAUGGCUUCUACAAGCAAAACCAGUAUGCCUCACGGGCCUCUAGUGUAGACACCUACCCGACAGACAGCCAAAACCUGGCCACUUCCUUACCUUCAAGUGCAGCAGCCGAGAAGAACUUGCAGUAUGCCAGUUCGCACAGCUACUCCAACAGUGGCCACAGCUCUAGAACUUACUACUCUCCUCAGCAGCAUUCCUCGGAAUAUUCCUACACCGUGCCUGCUCAGAAUGAAGAAGACUACCCACAGGAUGACUAUGAUGAGUCUCUAGUGCAGUACAAGAACGACCCCUCCUCCAGUGAAAUUGUGAAGAAGCUACUGCAGCACUAUAACGUGCCGGCUUCUCCCUUCCAAGAUGCAGUGCCCAUCGACUACAGCCACCAGAUCCAGGAUCAGACAGAGUACAGCCAGACGUCUCAUGGAGCGGUACCUGAAUACAGUGGAUUGGGCGUCGGCUGUUCCACUCCAGCACCUCCACCUUACAGUGCCAGCAUCGGUUCCCAGCAGAAGCUGUUUUAUAAUUCUCAAUCCAGCUCGUCCGGGUAUGGGUCCGGCGCACUCCGACAGCAGCAGCAGCCUAUGAUUGCACAAGAUCAGGGGGUACUGAACCUCCAUGAAAGUCGGCAGCAUCAACUGCUGCAGUCUCUUGUGGUGAAUAACAGGCAGUUUGGCAGUCCCUACUCCCAAGGCCAGCCCCAGGAUGUGUACAGUUCAGAUGAUAGAUAUUCAUCAUCUCAGUCGAAUCAGAGCACACGCUUCGCAAGUCCUUCUUUGCCCUGA